GGUUUCGAGCGAGCUACAUUUAGUUUUUGUGAUACUUCAAUUAAUAUAUUUUGUGAUAAAGUGAUAUAAAGACUGUUUUUGUUAUAAUUGAAGAAGUUUAAUGAAUAUUAAACCAGCACGUGAAUAGCUGCCAUUAUGCCCGUGGUGUUCGGUACCAACGAGAAAUGGCGCAUCAACCGGAACAUCUUCGUGCUGGGCUUCGCCUUCAUGGUCCACUUCACCGCCUUCCACGGCGCCGCCAACCUCCAGUCAUCCGUUAAUACUGACGCCGCAGCGGGCACCUUCACAUUAGCAGCGAUAUACUUUUCGUUGAUCUUGUCUAAUGUGUUCCUACCAGCUAUUGUAAUCAAAUGGCUAGGCUGCAAGUGGACAGUGGCGCUGUCCUUCAUCGCAUACAUGCCGUUCAUCGCGGCGCAGUUCUACCCGCAUCUGCACACGCUGGUGCCGGCCGGCAUGAUGGUGGGCUUCGGCGGCGGCCCGCUGUGGUGCGCCAAGUGCACCUAUCUGUCCGUGGUAGCGGAGCCGUACGCGAAGCUGUCAGGAGUGCCGGCGGACGUGCUGGUGGUGCGGUUCUUCGGCCUGUUCUUCAUGUUCUACCAGAUGGCGCAAAUCUGGGGAAACCUCGUCUCUUCAGCCAUCCUGUCGUCGUCCAUCGGCGAAGCGGCAAGCAGCUCGAUGGACGUGACGGCGGCGGCGCUCAUCAGGAACUUCACCCCGCCCGAGCUGAAGCCGGAGCCCCGAGACCUCACCGCCGCCUGCGGGGUCAACUUCUGCAGCGGCAGCGACGCCCAUGACAAUGCGAAUUUAGAGCCUCCAUCUGCCAUGAAGAUUCAGCUGAUAGCAGGCAUCUACUUGGCGUGUAUGGCCUCAGCAGUGUUCCUCGUCGCCUUCGGAGUUGAUUCGCUCAGCAGGUACAAUUCAGGUAGACAGCCAAUUGCCCACGGAAAGUCAGGGUUUCGUCUGCUAGCUGUGACCCUGAAACAACUCAGACACAAAUAUCAGCUGCUGCUACUGCCUGUUAUAGGCUACAUCGGAGCCGAGCAAGCCUUUAUGGCUGCUGAUUUUACUCAGGCGUUCGUCGGAUGCGCGUACGGCAUACCCAACAUCGGUUUUGUGAUGAUCUGCUUCGGAGUUUUCAACGCCUUAGCAGCACCCAUAGCGGGAGUGGUCGUCAAGGUGACAGGACGGUACCCUGUCAUGCUGACUGCUUUGCUCCUCAACCUAUGCCUGCUAUCCGCGCUGCUGCUGUGGCGGCCGAGCGCUGAGCAGUGGUUCGUGUUCUACCUGCUCGCUGCCAUCUGGGGCGCAGCCGACGCCGUGUGGCUUGUACAAGUCAAUGCUCUUUCUGGUAUCCUAUUCCCUGGUGACGAGGAGGCAGCUUAUUCCAACUUCAGGCUGUGGGAAGCGACUGGCAGCGUUCUCUCAUAUGCCUCCGCUCCCUACCUUUGCGUUAGGACAAGGCUAUACAUUUUGCUGCUGCUACUCAUCCUGGGUUUCUCCGGCUACACCACCAUCGAAGCUAUGGAGUACCAGGCCAAGAAACGGCAUCACCAGGAGAGAAACUUCGAGUUGAUAGCCAAGAAGGGAGAAUACGAAAGCGAAAAGUGAUAUUUUAUUAUAAGCGAUUUCUUAUUUGUAUUAAAUAACUUAGCGGUUUGUAUUAUCAGCAGAAACUAGGUGUAAACUAUAAAAUAUUAUUCUGUCCCAGAUUCUACAUGAAAAAAAAUCGCAGUGAGAAGUAACAAAAAAAGUAUUUAUUUUGAAUUUAGCAACACCAAAAGUUUGGCAGAUAGUCCUUUGUUUAAAUCUUGCCUAUUAUAUUAUAAUUU